GGGUAAACGUUGGGAGUAGCCCAAGAGCAGUUAAUUAAUCCUCGUAUUCAUCGCAAAUAAUCUAAAAAAAAAAAAAAAACCCCAAACUCAAAACUUCAUGGCUCGGAAAUUCUUCGUCGGCGGCAACUGGAAAUGUAAUGGGACAACUGAGGAGGUUAAGAAGAUUGUUACAACAUUGAAUGAAGCUGAAGUUCCUUCUCAUGAUGUUGUGGAGGUUGUUGUGAGCCCUCCAUUUGUGUUCCUUACCCUUGUCAAAAGUCUGUUGCGGUCCGAUUUUCACGUCGCCUCUCAGAACUGCUGGGUUAGCAAGGGUGGUGCUUUUACCGGAGAAGUUAGUGCAGAGAUGCUUGUUAAUCUAGGCAUUCCUUGGGUUAUUAUUGGUCACUCCGAGAGAAGGGCUCUCUUGAAUGAGUCCAAUGAGUUUGUUGGAGAUAAAGUAGCGUAUGCGCUUUCUCAAGGCUUGAAAGUGAUUGCUUGCAUUGGAGAGACUCUUGAACAGCGAGAAUCAGGCUCUACCAUGGCUGUCGUUGCUGCACAGACCAAAGCAAUUGCUGAUAAAGUAACAAAUUGGGAUAAUGUUGUUUUGGCUUAUGAACCUGUGUGGGCCAUUGGUACUGGGAAAGUUGCAACUCCUGCUCAGGCUCAGGAAGUCCAUUGUGAAUUGAGGAAAUGGCUUAAUCAAAAUGUUGGUGCUGACAUUGCUGCAUCAGUUAGAAUUAUAUAUGGAGGUUCUGUAAAUGGAGCAAACUGCAAGGAAUUGGCUGGACAGCCAGAUGUGGAUGGCUUUUUGGUUGGUGGAGCUUCUCUGAAGCCUGAGUUCGUGGAUAUCAUCAAGUCGGCCACUGUGAAAAAGAAUUGAAGUUCAACAUAAACAACCUUGUGGGAAACUUUAGUUUUGUAGUUUGUGGUGUUUCCUUAGGAGAGGAGGAUAUCAGGGUUUUAAGUGUGUAAUAAGCCAAAUUUGACUCUGUUUUUUGUUGGUAUGAAGCAUGGAUCCUCAUGUUAGACUGUUUCUGGGGGUGGACUUUCAUUGGAUAUAUAAUCUUAUUUUAGGAUUAUAAUCCAUCAUUUAAGUGGGCUAUAUUAUGGUAACCCAUCCAGUCACCGGAUUUCGGGUGAAAA